AUGGCCGUCGUUCCUAUGCCUGUCAUGACUUCUACGCCAAUGUGCUCGCCCACCUUCCCGAACGAAGACAGUUCAAUCGAUAUCAUUGUCAACCUCCUUCGCAGUUGCGCGUCGGUUCAAGAGUUCGCACUUGCAUGCCAGAUGCUCACCUGCGUUUUCUUGUCAAGCGGGUCUAUGUCGGGCUUGUCUCCACAGCUUGGCGGGAUCCUUAGUGAGCGGUCGGAUUUGACUAGUGCAGCUGAUACGGCGGCGGGGCGUCCGGUUAGGGAUGAAUUGGCCACGUUUACCGCACAUAUCUUCCGUAUUCGAAUUCUUCCUCGCGCCCUCGACUUGUGGCUCCUCUCUCGACCUGUCGAAGACGACGAGGAUGAGACACUGACUAGCACAUCUCAUACUAAUGCAUCUGAACAUCCGCCCGGCUUUCAAGAAUUCCUGAAGCUUCUCGAAGUUGCACAGGCACAUAUCGACGCCCACGGCGACAUGAUGCUGCAAGGGAAAAUGCAUCUCGUCAUGUCUUCCAUCUACACGCCAGAAAUCGAUGACCCGACAACCCCCGCUUCGAUAGAUGGUCCACUUUCUCGGAACGACAUCGAUCCUGACAUCGCCAUGUGCAUCUCUCCCGAUAUCAACGACAACCAGAAUGACACUCUCCUCUUCAAUAUCCAGCGCUACGCGGCUGGAACCUUCCCCGCCGCUGAAACGGAAGCCUACUUCAACUCCCUCUCCAUGGAAGAGCUCCACGCCGCGCUUCAGAUUAUCACAUCUACUAUCAAUAACAACGUUAUGGCAACUCUAGUCGCACCCACUCAUUUCGACGCCUCGGUGCCCGCUUUGAACUCCUCCCUCUUCGUAGAUCCGACUUCGCAGGGAAAGUCCGACAGUGCAUCCGGCCACAUCCCGAGUUUCCACUCAAUGUACCUUGAGCAGCAAGCAUUGGCCAACCCGUCGCGAACCUCUAUACAAGGCCUUCCGACAUCGACUUCCGUUAAUGGUGACCUUUCUGCUGCGAAAGGGACCCUAGCGCAGAGGAGGGGCCAGCUCCAGCGAUCACUCUCCUUACCCAACCCUCCGACCGUCUUGAACCAUGUCCGUCUCUUCCCCCAAAGGCGCGCAAGCGCGCCCACGACCCCCACAUUCAUCUCACCUACGCCCUCGACCACCGCCGUUGCCGCGCCUACUUUCACCACGGAAGCGGGGGCGAUGACUGAGAGUAUAACUCUUCCGCAGUUAUUCCCCACAUAUUCGCACUUUCUCAGCCAAAUAUCAGAGAUUUUACCCGUAUCUCCUGCAUCGAACUCUUCGGCUGCUCAUAUGGCACCUGGGGCCUACGUGUUUUCUGGCGAAGGUUCUGGCGGAGACACAGUUGUGAACGACUUGCUGGCCUCUCAGGCGGUGUUUGAUCCGGGGUUUAUAGAAGACAUGUCGGUGUACUUCAAGGACGGUUUCGCGGAGUCUUGGUCAUUCGAUGGUGUAAACAUGAACUCUGGCGGCAGCGGGAUGGGAGACGUGGCAAACGCUCCUGGGAUAGGGGUGGGGAGAACUUUUGGUGGUCAGAGUGGAACUAUCCUGGACGUCACGACCGCCAACGGCAUCGAUCCCUCGAACACAAUUUCGUUGGGUAACGGCAAGAAAAAUGCUCGUUCCAUUUCUUCCGCAGGCCCAGCAUCAUCGGCCUUCAAUUUCUCCACAUCCAACUCAUCAGCACGGCGCAAGUCUCUCAAACCUCUCGACGCCGCGAAGUUUUCUGCGCACAAGGGUGCAAAUUCGGACAGUCCUCAGCUACCGACGCCAGUCAUUGGAGAGUGCAGCGAGAGCGUAUUGCCCAUGUGCGUUCGGCCGCAGAGCAAGCUGCCGGUCGGGGUGGUGGAGAAGCAUGAUCGGAUUCGGACGAAGAGGGAGAGUUUGAGUGGAGAGUCUGAAAGGGGGAGGGGAUCUAAGAGGUUCAGGGCAACGGUGGAGUCUCCUCUGUCUGAGGGUGUUGUCUUCGGGGAGAUAGGUGGUGAGGAAGAAGGUCGAACCAAGGCUGAUCCGGGCGAGAGUUCACGGAUGCAGGCAGGGAUAUCACUGUCGACUGGCCCUGUGUUCGAAGGAAGUGCUCAAGAUGGUACUGGCCUAGGAUUCGCGGGACUACCGUCUAUGCGAACAAAUAGUUCGCCCGUCAUCCUCUCCGGCCCCGGAUUCUAUCCGAGUUCAAGCUCGAACGCAGGCAACGCCCAAGAUUCCCCAUAUUACCACCAUGCGCCACUUAUUCCUAUCCUACAAACAUCGUACUCUUCCUCCUUCUAUCCACGUCUCUCGAAUCCGUACUCGCCAGUUCUCUCUCAGGAUGCACGAACGACCGAUGGGACCAUUUCGGUUCCUCCCUGUUCUACUCCUACUCUCACAAAUCUGGGGAAGAGGCAAAGGGAGUGCUCGCCCUUGUUUACGCCCCGUCUCGCCCAGGAAGAAUCUGGACUCCACGCUCACUCUCAUGUUCACUCGCUAUCUCAGACUAUGCCUGUCUCGUCCUCUUCGUCUUUAUCAUCUACCAGCGCCCUUGUCUUGGAUAGCGGGGCUGAUGCAACUGGCACCGACUUGGGCGACAAUGAUCAUGUCUCCUCGGCGGCGACGAACCCGUCCAAGAUGGAGGUCGGCACUAGUGCUCCUCCUGCUCUGGGCGUGCUGAACACUUCCUCCUCGAUGAACACGACCUUGAGCUCGCUUGUGGCAUCGGAGAGUAUGAGCAAGAGGUUGGUGUCGGGCAGGGGUUCGAAGGACGUGGAGUUGGUUAGUGUGCAGAGUAUCAAGGAGGGAAUCUCGCUGUCGACUGUGAUGGAGGUGGACGAGACUCCGGAUGCUCCGGCUAAGAUGAAGAAUGGGAUGGCGGUGAGGGAGAAACGUGAGGAUAAGGAGAACUCCGUGGCGAGGGGCGUGGCGCACGAUGGUGUGAGGGUUUGA